CCGCGGCGUGUGGUUCCCGGGGCUAGGUCGGCCGGUGAUCUGGGCAGCGAAGCAGCGCGAUGGCAGGAAUCAAGGUGCUGUUGUUGCUGGCCAGCUUGCUAGCCGCGGUCCGGGCACGACCGCAGGACGUCCAGUCUCUCUUCAGCGUCGGACCGUCGCCCGUCUACAGCUACCGCUUUGAGGGGCCGGAGCAGAGCAAGGAGGAAUCGCGCGACGUGCUCGGCAACAUCCAGGGCUCGUACAGCGUCAAGUAUCCGAACAACGGCGGCACCCUGGUCUACAGCUAUGCCCACCCAGCGCGCCAGCCCGUGUUCCGCACCACGGCCGAAGGUCCGCUCGGCCCGGCCGGCACCAUCAUCGCCUUCGGGAAGAACUCAAAAGACAACGCCUUCCUGAUCGAGAUGCUGGAACAGCGGCUCGACUCGCGCGAGCCGCCGGUCGUCACCAAGACAGAGGCGGUCCUGAUCGAGGCGCUUCCCGAGGGCGACAUUUCGAAGCCCUCGACGUCGGUUGAGUUUCGCCCAGGGGGAGGUGACACCGGCAACAAGAUCGACGAGAACCAGCCGUCGGACGUCACGCGCCAAGAGGGGCCGUUCGUCAACAGCAAGGAGUCAACUUUGCUGCCGGUCAUUCGAAAGGAGAGCCUACUGAAUGAACCGCUGGGCGCCCGUAACCCUCCCAUCAUCGGCGUUGAGGAGAUCAUAGUGGAGGCGAGCGAUGUGUAGGCGGCCAAGCUCGCGCCGCGGCGGGCGCCCCAGCCGGGGACCGAUCGGCAGUGAAGUGUCCUGCACGGAACGCUCCUGCGGUGAAGGCUCUUGAAGUGGAAUUUCGAGCAGUGAGUCCCGUGCAGUGGACACUCCCACCGUCGGCGCUUCUUCAGUGGCUGGCACCGCCUUGAGAGCUCCCGGUGUGGGUCGAACUAGUCGAGCAGUUGUGCUCCGGGCCAGUUACCAUCCCGUGCAGUGCCCAGGUCUGUGGCCUGAAUGCUCACCAGUGCGUCAUAAACCAGCACGCUUGUGCUUUCACGCUCUCUCGCGCACGGACAUCAAGGAACGAACAGACAUAUUUCGCGAGAGAUAUAUCGCACUUCGAUCAUACACUGUGGCAUAACCUAAGCUGAAAGACCAUAAUGACCGAACUGUCAUCUUGCGGCAUUCCGACAUCUAUCCUGUAUAUACAUGACGUGCACAUAGGUGUCUGCAGCGAUAAAGACGUAAAUAUAGACGUGUUUUGGCCACAGCCAAAACAAAAGGAAUUUUGUCCAAAUUGAUUGCCACAUUUUAACAAGGUUGAUAAGAUAACUACUCGGAGAUUUUGACAUGGUUUGAACUGCGAUCAGCGGCCGUUGAAUGUUCAACUGUUGAAAUCUCCGCCUAAAAUCAUCCUCACUCAAUUCCUGACUGCACCUUAUUAAUCUAACCCACGCCAUCAACAAGCAUAUGUGAUUUCGGAGACAUAGAUAAAAGAAAACAGCCCUACAUUACACACAUUCAGCACAAAUAUUCGCAGUCCCACGCGCUCGCUCCUUCCUUCGAUCUGGGCGUUUCAGUUUGACGCCAUAGCUUAUCCCGAAAUAGUGCCUUCCUAUUUUACACGCAACUGAGUUACCAUCUUUGACAGUACAAUGUCAAAUGAGUUACCACCGACAUUCCUGAACGGCUCUAAUUCGCCAAAUUAUCUCGCUCCGUUGAAAAUUUCUAUGUCACGCUCUGACUAUUGCGUUUACGUUAAUGUACAAACGCUUCGCAUUUUUGCACACGCACCAAAUUUCUUUGUUUGUUUCUUUCUUGCAAGCGUUCGGUACUAUUCAGUCAUUAAACAACUGUAGACGUGUUCUUCUGGCAGACAUCCAGAGGCAGUGGAAACGCCACCGCUUCGCGAGUGUGCUAGAGGGUGAUGCACGUUAUGUAAGAAUGUAAUGCGAGUGUGUCUGAUAUCAGGCCUGAUUCUGAAUCGUACCCGUGCAAAAUAAACGGAGACGUUUGCGAAGGUGUUACACGGCUCUGCUUCACAGUCCGAGCGAUAUUUUUUGUUUACGUGUUUAAGUGUUGAGGCGCUGUGGGGUUUGGCGUAUGGAGAGCUUUUAGAAUUACGAUGGAAAGCCGCAAUUAGCUGCAAAUGUUCUGGGGUCAGGAUAACUUUGUUUUGCCAGCGGUUCUCGGCAAAAGAAGAUGGUCUUCGGUCGAAACCGCAGUGUUAACAUAUAAUUAUUCAGUGCCAAUCAGACCUGUGAUUGUUGCGAGGCUUAUCGCCAACUAGCCUCAGUUUAGAGUAAGUCUUUCUCAAGCCAAUCAUUUAAGAAUACGAAGGGCAAAACCAGGUUAGCAAAGAUGCAGAUUUCCCUACAGGCAGGGCAGACUGCUUACGUUUGUUUUUAGUGUCAAAAUUAUUGUCUUCAAUGACCUGGGCUAGUGGCUAGCACAGGUCAUAGAAGUGCAUAGUGGCUAGCCUAGAUCCUCACGUCCCCUCUCCCGGCCCGAAGAAUGCUAAUACAUCCACGAUGGGACGAAGACGAGAUCAUUACAUCACUGAGCACAAAACUAAUACCAGCGGCGGUAUUAUAAGGAAUGCUUCAACAAAACGCAUUGCAAUCAAGAUAUCUGGUCCCCACAGCAGCACAGAAAUUUCCUUGUGGGUAUGUGCCAGUCCAGUGAAUUGAGACAGUACAGUCAUAGAUCACCCGUGUGGAAAAACAAACAUGUGCUCUUCAUCCUGUAACACACUGGUGUGUGUAUGUUAUGCUAUCAUCUACCAUUCCAUGGAGCCUUUCAAUAAAUGUGGUCCAUACCAGGCG